UCUCCUGGUUUGGGUUGGGGUUUGGGGAUAAGAGGGGUUGUUAUAUUGGUUCUCAUGCGUAGAAUUAGAAACACCGAAGUCUCUUCUUCUUGAACCUCCCGCCGGGAGGAGAUAGAGAGAAGAAGAACAGACUCACUUCUAGAGAGAGAAAGAAAGGGUCUGCAAAUAAAUAUACGUAAUUUAUACACGUAGAGAGAGAGCUCUACGAUUCGCCAUGGAUUCAGCUCCACCAAGGACCGAUAAUGACAUCGUUUCUCAGAACGAAAAGGGGGCAUAUACGUCAAUGGUCGAUCCCUUCUUGGUUGAGGCUCUCCAAAACCCUCGUCAUCGUCUUACCAUUCUGCGAAUGGAACUCGAAAUUCAAAAGUUUCUGCAGAAUUCUGAUCAACAGCAGUUUGAGUUCCAGCAUUUUCCUACUUCCUACCUUCGCCUUGCAGCGCACCGUGUUGCUCAACACUACGGUCUGCAGAGUAUGGUUCUAGAUAAUGUCUUAGAUGGCCUGGGAACUAGAAUUAUGGUGAGAAAAAUGACAGAAAGCAAAUACCCUUCUGUCUGUUUAUCCGAAAUACCUGCUAAACAGCCGGACAGUGACACACACAAGCGGAUUAAAAUUGUUAGCAGGCCAAGACUUGAUAAAGCUUCCUCAGAUGAAGCCAAUGAACUGGGGAUCAAACGCAAUCCUGUGAGAACUGUGGAAGAGAGGAAGGAAGAUUAUGACAGGGCACGAGCUCGCAUUUUCAGUAACUCUAGUAGUCGUGAGUCGGAAGAUACAUUGUCUCAGGAUUCAUUAGAUGGGAAAAUUUUGAGUUUGAGCAAAGAUGAGAAUGGAGGUUGCAGGAACUGCAUGGUUGAUUCAGAGAAAAUCCUCUGCGUCAGAGAUGGUGGUACUUCUUCCCAAGUUGCUAUUUUCAGAGAUAGGGAGAAGGAUCGCACUGACCCAGAUUAUGACCGAAGAUAUGAAAGGUAUGUUAGGAGUAUACCAGCUAAUCAAAGUGAAAGCUUUGUGCCUUUCAAUAUGCAGAAUUGUCAGCCUCCCUUUGUGCAGUAUGAUGCCGUUUUUCCUCAGAUGGGUCAGAUGCCAAGGACUCAUGGUUCUAUCAGCUACAGUACCCCUGUCAUGAGCCCUUUUUGCACAAUGGGGCAUCAGACAUCUAGGAAUCCUGUUUAUAUGCAGUUGCCAAAUCCUGCCGUGAUGUAUGCACAAUCAUAUGAUCAAUUGAGAUAUGCUUUUUUCCAGGCCCACUACUGUCAGCAGCCUCUGAGUUUUGAUUACUCCCAAACCAUUGAUUGAGUUAGAUAUGGAAGGUCCAUACGAUGCAAUUUUUUUUUUUUCCUCCCAUUCAGGAUAUUGUCAUAAGACAACUUUAUAAAAUUGUUGUUCUCAUAGUUUAUCAUUUUUAUUUUUGGUGACUUGAUUUUAGGGCAAGAAUACCAUAUUUACUAUUUAUUAUUUGAUUGUAGUUGAAUCUUAUAUAUAUGUGUCUGUCUGUGUUA